AUGGCCCUUCCAACAACCCUCCCACGCCUCGCCCUCCGCUUCCUUACCUCCAUCCGGCCCUUCACGACCGCCCCCAUCCUCUUCGCAAAACAGCUCCCACCCCGCCGUGUAAUCCUCGACUCCGAAAUCGAAGAGAACUUCCUCAAAGGCAGCGGCCCGGGCGGCCAGAAGAUCAACAAGACCUCUUCCGCCGUGCAGCUCAAGCACCUGCCGACGGGCAUCGUCGUGAAGUACCAGGACACGCGCUCCCGGAGCCUGAACCGCAAGAACGCACGGAAGAUACUGGGGGAGAGGAUUGAAGAGCUUGAGCUGGGGGAUCAGGCGAGGACGGCGAUUAAGGCGAGGGAGGCUAGUAAGAAGAAAAGUAGUGCGGAUAAGAAGAAGAGGAGGAAGUAUAGAGCGUUGGCGGAGGGGAAGGAGGGCGGUGCCGAAGGGACAAGUGAGGCGGACGUUGAAGGACUAGGCGGAACAGAUGGAGAGCAGGUAGAGGGCAAGCAGCUUGGGGGCGAGGAUGCGAAGAGCGCAAGAACUCCUUGA